GGCGUCUCUCUUCCUUUGCGACGGAAGGACGCGUUUGUAGUGAAUUUGCGAAUAAAGAUGUCUCCGUCCAUGUUCCAUUUCAAUGAUGCCAAAGACAAAUUUACAGCUGCAACAAGAAGCGCACUGGACAGCAAAACAAGCAAGUCCCUUAUAACUGUAUUCAACCAGCUCCCUGGAAAUGAGACAGAAAAGAAAACAACGCUGGACCAAGCCCUGCGAGGAGUCCUGGAGGAGGAAAUUGUGAAACAAAAAGCCAGUUGCGAUGAUUUCCUGUCCCUCAUUUACCUGAGUAUCGAUGGAGUCACUGAAGGCAUCUGCUCAGCCACGACUCCUUUCCUGCUAUUGGGAGACGUGCUGGACUGCCUGCCACUGGACCAAUGCGACAAGAUAUUCACCUUUGUGGAGGAUAAUGUGUCCACUUGGAAAUCGAACUCAUUUUAUUCUGCGGGGAAGAAUUACUUGUUAAGGAUGUGUAAUGAUCUCUUGAGGAGGCUCUCCAAGUCACAGAACACUGUUUUUUGUGGGCGAAUCCAGCUGUUUCUGGCCCGCCUCUUCCCCCUGUCAGAAAAAUCAGGGUUGAAUCUCCAGAGCCAGUUUAACCUGGACAAUGUCACAGUCUUCAACAAAAAUGAGCAGGAGAGCACUCUGGGCCAGAAGCACACCGAGGAGAAGGAGGAAGGUAUGGAGGAGGGCGAGAUGGGGGACGAAGACGAGCCAGCACCCUGCUCCAUCCCCAUCGACUACAACCUGUACAGAAAGUUCUGGACCCUGCAGGACUACUUCAGGAACCCUGUACAGUGCUAUGACAAAUUCUCCUGGAUGACCUUUCUCAAGUACUCUGACGAGACGUUGGCGGUGUUCAAGAGCUACAAGCUGGACGACACGCAGGCCUCCAAGAGGAAGCUGGAGGAGCUGAGGACGGCCGGCGGCGAGCAUGUCUACUUCGCCAAGUUCCUCACCAGCGAGAAGUUGAUGGACCUGCAGCUUAGCGACAGCAACUUCAGGCGCCACAUUCUUCUGCAGUAUUUAAUCCUCUUUCAGUAUUUGAAGGGGCAGGUCAAGUUCAAAAGCUCCAGUUGCAGUCUGAAUGAUGACCAGUGCCUGUGGAUGGAGGACACCACCAAACUGGUGUACCAGCUGCUCAGAGAGACUCCACCGGACGGGGACAAGUUUGCCACCAUGGUAGAGCACAUCUUGAACACAGAAGAGAACUGGAACUCUUGGAAAAAUGAGGGAUGCCCUAGCUUCGUAAAAGAAAGGCCAGCUGACGCAAAACCCGUACGCCCUACCAGGAAGAGGCAGGCCCCAGAGGACUUCCUGGGCAAGGGCCCUGACAGGAAGAUCUUCAUGGGAAAUGAUGAACUGACAAGACUUUGGAACCUCAACCCAGACAACAUGGAAGCCUGCAAGUCAGACAGCAGGGAGUUCAUGCCCACUCUGGAGGAGUUUUUCGAGGAGGCCAUCGAGCAGGCCGACCCAGCCAACAUGGUUGAAGACGCGUACAAGGUGGUGAGGAACUCCAACUACGGAUGGAGGGCACUCCGGCUGCUGUCCAGACGGAGCCCACACUUCUUCCAGCCGACCAAUCAGCAGUUCAAGAGCCUGGCAGACUACCUGGAGAGCAUGGUUAUCAAACUAGCCAAAGAGCUGCCGAAGGACCUCCCCUCUGAAGAGAUCAAGACGGGAGAGGAGGACGACGAUGACAACGGGGACAACCUUCUCAAAGAGAGCAAUGACAGCCCCGGGAUCCAGAACAAGCUGGUAUCCAACCAGCAGAUGGACGAGAUCGCGGCCAAGCUGGGCGCCCAGUGGAAGACGCUGGCGGGGCAGCUGGAGAUGAAGGCGGUGGAGGUGCGCGAGAUCGAGACGGACAGCGAGGACGUGGACAUGCAGGCCAAGCUGCUGCUGGUGGCCUGGCAGGACCGGGAGGGGAGCCAGGCCACCGUGGAGAACCUGGUCUCCGCGCUCAACACCGCCGGCUUCCCCAAGAUCGCCGAGAUCCUCACCGAGACGUAGAAGCCAACCCGCCUACCCCAUUUUCUGUUGUUUUUAUUUCAUCCGUUUCUUGUUUUUAAAAAAACACUUUACCUAGUUGUUGAAAUAAAUGUUUUGUAACAGUA